AUGAAUCACCAAGAUCUAACGUCUACUCAAGGCAAAAAGAGAGACCAGGACGAUCUUGCCAAGGAAGCACAAGAUGAGCCCUCAACUGGUGUUGGCUCCUUCAUGGAGCGCCAGUUCAAUCUCACAGAACGUGAGGCCAUGCCAGCUGCGAAGAAACAAAAGAUCGACGACGACAACGAUGCUACGAAACACAAGGCAACUUUCAAGGGCGGCAAGGGCGGUGUGAUUGGUCAGUAUCUUAAGGAGCAACGUGACCAAGGCGCCCGCGAAGCAGGUCCACCCGCGGCCAUCGAUCUCACUGCAGAAGACGACGACAUUGAGGUGGUGUCAGUGAAGACGACUGGGCUGGAUCCCAAGCGUGAGAUCUGUCUCGGCUCAAUCACCGCAAAGGUCAUGGCACACAAGGUACCUGCCGCAAACAGAACUCUGAGCAAGUACUCGACGAACUGGCCGCCGGCCAAGAUGUCGCUACAACCUAGAGUGGGCCAGGAGAAGGUAUACCUUGCGAUUGACGGCAAAGGUGUUGAGUUCGGCAAGCUGGACAUCAUCACCGUCGAGGCUCUUGCUCCUCUUCUCAAGAAUGCUCACCUCAAGUUGCGCCUUGCACCACUUCUCAAAGAGCGCCCCAAGGACCCUGAAGAACAACCUGGACAGUCUAUUUCGAAAUCUCUGGACAUUUCGAUCACUCUGUACAGCACCGCCGACGCUGCUAAAGGAAUUGGAAGACGUCUUAGCCAGCGUCAGGUUUUCUUGUACAAGCCCACCGUCGUUCCACAUGGCACCGAAGUCCUCAACCCGCACGUUCCCAACUACAAUGUCGUUCCAAAGAGCAUUACAUCCGCCACCGUGGCAGCUCAGUCAACCACUGGAUACCGAGUUCGCACUACCGAGGAGAUCAAGAGCGACGUUCUGUCCAUGUUCGACAAACUCGGAAAGACGGAGGAGCUCCCCGAAGCUGAAGCUGAUUCAACACUUGUGAAGACAGAGCUUAUGCAGCAUCAGAAGCAAGCCCUCUGGUUCUUGACGAAGCAUGAGACACCUACACCACCUGAAGAGGAUCCGCUCUGGAAGUCCGUAGUUCGCAAGGACGGUACUACAGCUUGGUACAAUGUGAUCACCGGCGAUGAGAUGAAGAAAAUCAGCCCUAUACUGGGUGGUCUUCUGGCUGAUCAGAUGGGUUUGGGCAAGACACUCAGCAUUCUCUCCUUGAUUUGUGCAACUCUCAAAGAUGCAAGAGCUUUUGGUGCUGGCAAGAUGGACGAUGGUGACCGAGUCACUGAGGACGUCGUGCGCCGCUCUGGUGGCACUCUGCUUCUCUGUCCCAAAUCUGUCAUCUCAAACUGGCAGGAGCAGAUCGGCCAGCACUUGGAUAAGGCAAAGGUCAAAUACUACAUGUACCACGGCAACAAGAGAGAGCAAGACCUCGAUGUUCUCGCGAAGUACGACAUUGUUGUCACAUCUUACAGCAUUGCCGCCAGCGAGUACACGUCUUCGUCCAAGAACUACAGCGCACUUUCAGAAAUCGCAUGGUUCCGAAUUGUCUUGGACGAGGCACACAUGAUUCGUAACCAAGACACUGCUACUUUCAAGGCUGCUUGUGCUCUGGUCAGCAAGCGCCGUUGGGCGGUGACCGGUACUCCUGUGCAAAACAAACUCGAUGACUUCGGUGCUCUCGUCAAAUUCUUGAAGAUCUACCCGUUCUCCAGCAAAGGUAUCUUCGAGAAGCAUUUCAUGGCUCCUUUCAAGUCAGGUGAUCCUCAAGUGCUUGACAACCUUCGCCUUCUUGUGUCCAGCAUCACGCUCAGACGUUCGAAGGACAGAAUCGACUUGCCUGGUCGUGUUGAGGAAAUUGUUCGUCUUCCCUUCUCGUCUGAGGAGCAGGCUCUUUAUGAUGCAUUCGCCAAGGACGCAAACAGGAAGGUGCGCGCCAUGACACGCGGCAGCGACCGUCUGAGAGGCAGAAGUUACGCUCACGUUCUGGUCAACAUUACCAGACUCAGACUGCUUUGUGCACAUGGAAGAGAGCUGCUCAGCGAGGAUGACAUGAAGGUGCUUCAGGGUACUUCUUAUGAGACUGCGAUCGAUCUGGGCGAAGAAGAGGACGCUGAGAAGCCCACUAUGACCAAGGAGCAAGUUUACGACACCUUCCAUCUCUUGCGCGAGAGCACCAUGGACGUGUGCUCCUGCUGCAUGAACGGUAUCGGCCAGCUUGAACCUCCUGCUGAUAAUGACAGCGACACAUCCGACAGUGAAGAUGAGGCUGAAGAAGACAUCAUCGGCUAUCUCACUCCAUGUCUGCACUUAGUCUGCCCAGCUUGCGCCGACAGAUACUGGGGCGAGCUCAUGACCACACAGACUCGCGACAACUACGCCACCUGCCCUCAAUGCGAGCAAUACGUCAGAGCAGUUAUGCACCCUAUCAGUCAAAAGGACGUCGAUGACGAUCUCGCAGCCCGCCAAAAGAAGAAGGGUCAAGUCAGAAGCAAGAAGGGCGUGGAGUACGGUGGCCCUCACACCAAAGUCAAGGCUCUGAUCGAAGACCUCCAGCGCCACGUCGAAACGUCAAAGGAACUUGUUGAACUUGGCGAAGCACCCAUCCGCAGUGUCGUCUUCUCAGGCUGGACAGCUUACCUGGACUUGAUCGAGAUCGCUCUCAAAGACAACAACAUCGGCUUCCUGCGUCUGGAUGGCAAACUCUCCGUCAGCGCCCGCACCGCCGUCCUUGACCGUUUCAAGACCGACCCUUCCAUCACCGUCUGCCUCGUGUCCAUCAAAGCCGGCGGCCAAGGUCUCAAUUUCACCGCCGCAAACAACGUUUUCAUGAUGGAGCCCCAAUUCAACCCUGGUGUUGAGAUGCAAGCCAUCGACCGUGUUCACCGUCUUGGCCAGAAGCGCGAUGUGGUCAUCAGACGCUUCAUCAUGGCCAACAGCUUUGAAGAAAAGAUUGUCGAGUUGCAGAAGAAGAAGAUUGAGCUGGCUAACCUGGCUACCGGAGGUAAAGUGGUUAAGCAGGAUGCCAAGGAGAUUUUCCAGAACUUGAUGAGUUUGUUCUGA